UCCUGUUCUUCAUGGAACCUUCAAGUAAAGCUUAGCCCAAUGAAAAAACGAAAGAAAAAGAAACCCUGUUAAUUGGAAUCCAAACUUUUUAUUUUUCUUAAACUAAUUCUGCUUCAAUGUCACUAUUGAAGUUGCUUAUGCAUUUAUCUCCUUUCUUGGUUGCUCAUUUAUUCGUAUCAGGUGUCGUUUCAGCAACUUUAACAAUAAUAAACAAUUGUGACUACACUAUAUGGCCAGGAAUAAACUCAACAUAUGAUCCAAGACCUACCAUCUAUGUCACCCCAACGAUCGCAACUGGUUUUUCCCUUGGAAAGAAAGACUGGAAGGACAUAACAACCUCGGAUGAUUGGCAUGGUCGUUUAUGGGGUCGCACACAUUGCACUGAAGAUGAUACAGGAAGAUUCUCCUGCAUCACAGGCGACUGCGGCUCUGGCAAAAUAGAAUGUUCAACAAUACCAGCUGGCUCGAGUCCUGUGACGAUGGCAGAGUUCAAGAUUAACAAUGCUGGACUUGAUUUUUUUAAUGUUAGUCUUCUUGAUGGCUACAACCUGCCUUUGCUUGUUCUGCCUUCUAAUCGGAGCUGCAAAAAAGCAGGAUGUGUGGUGGAUUUGAACGGCGUUUGUCCUCCAGAACUUACGGUUAAUAGUUCUGAUGGGAUGAUUGCGGGGUGCCGCAGCGCGUGUGAGGCCUUUAAUUCACAGCAAUUUUGUUGUACUGGUGAAUAUGAAACACCUUCGACUUGCAAGCCUUCUUCGUAUUCUCAGAAUUUUAAGAAAAAGUGUCCAAGCGCUUACACCUAUUGUUAGAGGUCUAGGCGCGGGGCGCGCCAACGAAGGCACAUUGCCUAGAAUUCGGCAGCGAUGGACUGCGGCAGAAACGAAUUCGGCAGGCAGCGUGCAAGGGUCUGUGCAAGUCUUUGAGCUGGCGACUUGGCAUGGACGUGGGGCUUAGACAAUGGACUUUCUAAGUCAGCAGCUGACACAGCAAGGCAGACAAUUGGGGCUGCUAUGAGGGCAGGCAGAAUCAUGGGUGGAGGGGCCAGAUAAUGGAGGACAAAGUGCUUCACCAACCCACUAAGGAUAAUGGGGAAGGUAGUGCUCCACUAGUCCAUGUAAAGGGUGAUCAUGGGGGAGAUAAUGCUCCACUAUGCCCCGAAAUUAGGGGAUUAUGGGUGAGGAUGGAAUCUCACAUUUGGCUAUAAAUAGGCUGCCAAGCCUCUGCUGUGUAGCAUGCGAUUUGUGCAUAGCACACACCAUAUUUGUGUAUUCCUUUGUUGAUGAGAUAAAUAAAGGUUGAGAGGGAUUCUUGUAAAA